AUGGCUGCAACAUCCAUGGCCGCCGCCCUCGCGGCUUCCCUACCAGCACCUGCAGCAGCACCAGCGCCCGUAGCGCCAUCCUAUGAAGCCAUUCCUGCCUCCAUGGCCAAAGUGGUCGACAUCGAGGCAGAGAUUCCGUUAACGUGCGUUCAGCUCGAUGCCAUGGUUGUCACCAAGAUUCUGAAACAUGCACGAGAGUCAAACUCAACGACCGCACACGGCCUCCUUCUCGGCUUGGACUUGGACGGGACGCUAGAAGUCUCAAAUUCAUUUCCAUUGCCCCAUCACGUCUCCGACGAAGAUGACAAGUCUGCCAAAUCAGUAGCACGGUAUCAGGCCUCUAUGCUACGAUCGCUGAAGGAGGUACAAGCAGACGACAGUGUCGUGGGCUUCUACCAGGCAAUCACACUCGGCGCUUUCUUCAAUCAAACCCUCUUAGACACACAAGCUAUACACCAGGAAAAAUUACGACACGGUGGUAUUAUUAUCGUCCACGACCUUUCCCAAACUGCGAGAGGGAAUGCCUCCUUCCGUGCCUUCCGAUUGACGAGUGCAUUCCUUGAUGCGUACAAGAAGAACAACUUCAGCGCGGCCAGCUUGAUCAACCAUCGGCUGACAUUCUCUUCGAUUCUUGAGGAAGUUGCCCUCAAGGUUCGAACAAAUCCUCUGCUAAGCUCGUUCCUCGGGGUUCUAACUGAGCCAACUCGCUCGGAAGCUACUGAUGCUCCACCAGCUGCCGCCGCUACAUCGGCGCUACCGCCGUCGUAUGGCGUGUUAGAUCUGGGCACGUCAGGCGUUACACGGAAUCUGGAGCAGAUCAUCGAGGGCAUCGACAAUUAUCGUACGGAGGAGGGCAAUUUAGCGUAUCUGUUGCGUCAGAUAGCACGAGAACGCUCCAAAGCCGACAACCAUGUUGCGAAGCGGCAGGAGGAAAACGCUACUCGGAUAGCCCAGGGGCUCGCCCCCCUUCCCGAAGAAGAUGUGAACAGACUUUUCAAAAUCCCACCCGAGCCAAGUCGGCUCGAAAGCAUGUUGCUGCUAGGGCAGGUUGAUGCUUACGCAAAGACACUCAGCAGCACGGCGAGCACAGGGUUGGUUAAAAUGUACGCUGCAAAAGCAAGCUUUGGGAAUUGA